AUGGCUGCUGCUCAAACAGACCUUAUAUACGGUCGCUCUCUCAAUACUCUAUUCCGUCGAUGUGUCGUCAAUUGCCCGGCUAAACCUCCGCCUUGCCCUGAGUGCCCAGAGGGAGAAACCUGUUCUUUGAUAAGCCAAUCCUGUCAGGCCUGCCAGAAAACCGUCUGCAUCAGUCUCGGGGAGGUGGGUGGAGUGGCUGCCCCUGAUGAGCCCGCCUCUUCGAAUAUUGGUGCCAUCGCUGGUGGAGUUAUUGGUGGUCUGGCUGUGUUAGCCGUUCUUGUUCUGGCCUAUUUUUACUUCCGGAAGAAGCGUGCGAACCGUGCAGCUAACCAGCAGUGGGAGUCCGAGUCGUAUGAGAAACAAGAAUCAUUGGCAGGCAGCCGUGUCACACGGCAAUCCACCGUUGGCUCGAUCGCGUCGACUGUUCUCACCAGAGCAUCAAAUGUCAUCCAGAUCGCCUAUAUACCAGGCGUCACCAACCGCUCCCCACCAGACACCCCAGGUCUACUUGUCCCUCCAGUUCCUCCACUCCCCACAGCCAAUGGAAGCACAUACGGUCAGGACCAGCACUUUUUCAUGCCUGGCGAUAUCCGUGAUUCCGUGUGGUCUCAAAUGACAGAGGAUGAUCGUAAGAGUAUGAGUCCCAGUCUCGCUCGCAGCAGCGUGGCUACCACCCUCUACCGCCAUGAUGCCAUCGUCAGCCCCGUCCCUGCUCAGCAAGCCCUCCGCGCCAAAGCUGCAGUCGUCAGUGUCAAAUCUGGAUGUAUCACUCCCAGCGAAAGCCCUCCUUCCUCGACUCCUGUCGUCCCCCCUAUUACUGCUUCCCAAAUCGACAAGGCCAACGCCGUGGGCGCCAAAAUGGAAAAGAAGAAUGAUAAGGCCGCCAACGAGAGGAAGUUUGCCGGUUCCAUCGUCGCCCGCUCCAUGGUUGCACGCCCUGUCAACCUGACCAAAUCCCCUCUAUCACCUCGGUCACCUAGAUCGCCUCGGUCCAAAACCAGCACCAUUUCCGAAACCGAUGAGUCGUCCAAUCCUAUGAUCACCGUCUCGCAAGCAUCGUCCGUGAGAAAUGAACCCGCUAGGAUUGCUGAGUUACCCGGAGAUCUGUCCACAGCAAUUCCUAACCCCUCUAGGGUCGCGGAAUUACCAGGUGACCAUCCUAAUAAGCGUCAGUCCAACCAGUCUGUCGCUGUCACUGUCAUUGAGGAUUCACCGUCUAUCAAACAGAGCCCCUUUGAUGAUUCUCACGCUUCGCCGGACCAGCCUAAGUCGCCCACCACUAAACCGGAUCAGAGCGAAAAGUCUACCCCUGACAAAAACAAUUCCAGUCAGAGUUCCAAUCAGUUGCAAGAACCACACAGUAAACCGGAUUCUGAAAACUCACUCCAGAGAAGUAUGAGUCCCUUCGACGACAAGAAUGAGGUUAAGCCCUGA